GCCGCUCUUUUUCCUCAUUAAAUUUUACAAGCUAACGUUAUUAUUUUCUAAAAAAUUGUUCAUCAUGACUUCUAUUCGAAACGACAUAGUUUUUACUGCGUACAAUAGAGCAUAUUCAUUAAUAGAUUAUAAUAUCCAAAAUACCUUAGACAAACAAUUUGAAUUUACGAAAAAAACUAUUCUUGCUGAUAAAUCUCUUACAAAAAAUGAAAAAUCAUAUGCAAUAAAAGAGUUAAAUAAAGAUUUUGAUUAUUAUAAACUUUUUGAAAAUGAAGGAACAAAAAGAAUUUGUGAAAAUUGUCAUGAUGAAUUAGAAUGGAUUCCAUAUAAUAAUUUACAAAAUAUUAAUUAUUUAACUAAAGGUGGAUGCUCUGAAAUUUAUACGGCAGAUUGGAUUGAUGGAAGUUAUGAUGAAUGGGAUUCAAAAGAAAAACAACUAAAAAGAUUUGGAAGGCAAAAAGUAAUACUCAAAAAGUUAGAAAAUGUUGAAAGUGCUAAUAGAAGUUGGUUUGAAGAGGGUAAAUCUCAUUUAUCUAUAAGUAACAAAUAUACACAAGUUGUUGAAUGUUAUGGUUUAACAAAAAAUCCAUCAAAUGAAAAUUAUAUGCUUGUAAUAAGUCGUUUAGAUAUAAAUUUAAGAGAAUAUUUACAACAAAAUCAUAAUAAACUUAAAUGGAAAGAAAGAAUUCAAAUAAUUAAAAAUAUUAAUAAUGCACUUAAUCAAAUCCAUCGAGAAAAUGCAAUUCAUAGAGAUUUACAUUCCGGAAACAUAUUAUUUAGUCAAUUAAUUCAACAGUUCCGAAUCAGUGAUUUUGGAUUUUGUGGACCAGCUGAUAAACCAUUAAAUAGUAUAUAUGGAAAUCUUCCUUAUAUAGCUCCCGAAGUUAUUGUAAAAAUGGAGUAUUCUUUUGCGUCUGAUGUCUAUAGUAUUGGUAUGCUUAUGUGGGAAAUCUCAUCCGGACAACCACCUUUUAUUAAUUUUGAAAAUGAUUAUUAUCUUGCAAUGAAUAUAAUAAAUGGAAUGAGGCCAAAAAUAGUACCAGGAACUCCUUUAGAAUAUAAAAAAUUAAUGGAACAAUGUUGGGAUGCUGAUACAACAAAAAGACCUGAUAUUAAUACUCUAGAUAAUAAAAUAGAUGAAAUGAAUAGAUUAAAUUAUCAAAAUGAAUUAAAAAAAAAUAAAAGCAUAAUUAAAAAAUUAAUUGAAAAAACUAGAUUAUCUAAACCAAAAACAAAUACUAUUUCAAAAAUAAAUGAAAUAAAUAAUUUUGAAAAUAACAAUACAAGUAGCAGAUUAUUUACAAGUAAAGUUUAUCAAUUUAAAAAUCUACCUGAACCAAAAAAUGCAACUGAAGAAGAACAAGAGGCAUUUCAUAGUAAACCUUAUAGCUAUAAUAUCCCUUAUAAUAUUGAUGAUUUUAAUGACAAGGAUGUUAGUAAAACAUCUAAUACAUCAAAAUCAAGUAAUAUAAUUAAAGAUGACGAUAAAAAAUUAUCUGAAGUAUUUGAAAAUAUGCAAAUAAAUUCAAAUAAUAAUUAUAUUCAAAAUGAUAAUAAAAUAGAAAUUAUACAGCAAGUAAAUAAGCACAACAUUGAUUAUAUUGAUGAUGAAGAUGCAAUAUAUAAUAAUCCAAAUCUUCAUUCAGAAGAACAAGAUGAAUUGGAAAUUCUUGAUGAUGGAUUCUAAAUUACUUUACAAAUUUUUUUCAACAAUUAUAUUUUACAAUUAUUAUUCAUAUUUUUCUUAUCCAGAAUUAUUUAAACACUAAGAAUAGAGUA